UUUGCCUUACCACAAACAAUGCACUUCCACAGUCCACUGUCACCACCAUAUGAAUUAUGCAAGCUCUUGAAGACCGACUCUGCAGGCGGCUUUGCAUCGGAGGCCGGAGCACCAAACGGAGUCUUGAAGACCGACUCUGCAGGCGGCUUUGCAUCGGAGGCCGGAGCACCAAACGCACUCUUGAAGACCGACCCGGCUGGCGGCUUUGCAUCGGAGGCCGGAGCACCAAACGCACUCUUGAAGACCGACUCGGUUGGCGGUUGCGCAUCAAUUGAGUGCAUUUUAGUUGUGUUUGUGAGUCUGCUGAAUACAUGUUUUGUGUCCUCCUUUGUUUUAGAGUUUUCUUGGUGGUUAUCUUUUGUAUCGAUACAAUCAUAUGGACGCAUCUCUGUCUUUAUUUUAUGUGUUAAUGUGUAUCGUGUUUGA